AUGCCCAAAUACCAACAAACGCAUGGUGUUCCUCGCCAAAGGCCCGUCAGUUGCCGCUCUUGCAGGGCCCGAAAGCUCCGCUGCAGUAGAGAGGCACCAUGCACCAAUUGCGUAGCUCGUGGUCUCCAUUGCGAAUUAGAUAAUCCCGCGGCGUCUCCGCCCAGAAAUAACCAGGCCUCAGAGUCUGAAGUAAUUGAACGCAUCCGUAAGCUGGAGGAGCUUGUGGAAAGUCAGAGGUCACAGCGAAACGGAAGCCUGAAGCCAAUUACCAAAAGCUAUAGUCAUCAAAUGCUGCAAACCCCCAUGUACGGUUUUUGCCCUGGAGCUGAGCACCUAGACAAAGACGUUGCUUGGCUUGCGAGUAUCUACAGCGGUCUGGAAGUCGCGGAGAAGAUACCGUCCAAUAAAGUCGUGUUCAGGAUAUGCCCGAUCCAGCACAUUAUGGAGGCUCAGUCAUAUAUUUUCCUUUCCCCUACAAGUGUAGAACCAUCAAGGUGUAUUUGGCUGCCACAAUACCCCGAAGCUAAGAUACUCCUGGACAAGUUUAUUGAAGACAUCGACGGCGGUCAUCAUGUCGUCCACAUCCCUUCACUUCCAUCCAUUCUCGACGAGCUAUACGCUUGUCUCAACCAGCAAUGCCAAGUCAAGCCGGGUCCCAUGAUUCUGCUCCUCAGCAUAAUGGCGAGCUCUACCCAUUCCUGGGUCCGACGCGACUGCGAGCGUGGCGUAUUCUCCACAUCUGCAGAAGUCAAUAAACAGUCGUCGUUGUGGAUCAAAGCGACUGAAGAUGUAAUCGAUAUUUCCCACCGAUCCACACGUGUAUCGAUAGAAGGCAUUCAAGGGAUCAUCAUUGCUUCAUUCGUCCUCGGAAAUGUCGAAGGCUUUUCUCGAAAAUGCAGAGCCAUGUAUAGUAUGGCUCUUUUUCUAGCCCGAGAAAUAGGGCUACAUUGUAUAGACCAUCCAUCUGUUGCGAGCACCGCAAACACAGCUCAGGCUGAAAUGGGACGGAGAGUGUGGUGGUAUCUGGCUGCUUCUGAUUGCCACUAUCUCAACCGACCGACAUUAUGCCGGAACAUCGUUGACCGCACUCCUAUCAUACACGCCGGCAUCCCCGGCUACGGCACUGUAAUGGAUGCCGACACGGAGCUGCAAAUGAUCUUGAGUGAGACUCCACCAUUCUUUUCCAUGUCGGUGGCACAGAUCACUCAGAUUUAUCAACUCGAUCAUCGUCGUGCUGCCAAAAUUUUCCACCAAGGAUAUAUGCUAAGCUCCCUUACUCAUGCCAUGCAUUGUAAAAUUCACUUUGCGUAUUUCACUCGCGGAUAUGUGGAUCCUACAUACGCAUCUUCUCGGGAAGUAUGCAUUCGGUCCGCCCGCAAAAUCAUCCAGAAUGAGACACGGCUGGAGCAGUCAGGUCUCUGCACGGCGGCACGCUACAGGAUCAUCUUACUCUUGCUAGGCAUCUUCAUGGCAACCAUUGUGCUAAUAAUGGAUCUCUGUCACAACAAAUCGUCACCGCAGCGUGAGAAACAACAAGGAGAGAUCGCCGACGCUUUUCGCUUACUUGAAGAAGCUCGAGAUGAUUCGGAGACGGCUGUAAAGUUUUUGGAUUCGCUGAUGCAAUUAUUGCGGAGGCACAAGCUGCCCCGUCCGAAGCGUGCUGGGCCAUCGCCGCUGGACUCUGGGAUGGGGAGCGAGCAGCUUUCAACAGUUGCGGCGGGGACCUACAACGCCGCCAAUAGCCAGCCAUACAGCCAGCCUGUUAUGGCGCCAUUACCUACGGCUCCACCAAGCGUGUUGGGAAGUAAUGAUGCCAAUAGCAUGGAUAUGGGUGGUGAUGGGUUUACGAAUGGAGAGGACAUGUCGUCGUACUUCAACGAGCUGGCGCAAAGCUUUGAGCAAGGCGUCGACUUUGACUGGGACGAUAUCUUCGCAGGGCUCGAUUCCUCCUUCACGCAAGGUAUGUGUGAGGUCAGCCAGACAGAGUUACACUUUUGA